AUGAAGUCUUCCUCCGGGAGCUCUGCGAAGGACUCAUACUCCCUAGGGCGCAAGUCUGGCUCUCUGCAUGUGAUACGUAGUGUCCACUCCAGCUCGACGCCGAGAGUGCCGCCCAGUGUCUUUGCUCCUCCACGCAAAUCUCCUCCGGCAACGCAUCUCUCCGGUCGCGGUCGCGAACCCCUUGCCCCAGCCGCCGCCAUUGCUCUGGUUGACAACGCACCUCCGUACUCAAAUGCCUCGAUCUCGAACCUUCGUGACAAGAUCAGUCACAUAGAGUCGAAGAUGGCGAAUCUCAUGAGCGAACGCAACUUGCUCGUGUCUAGGUUGGCACAGGCCGCUCGGCUUCAAUCUCCCAUACAUCGUAUACCCGACGAACUCCUGGCGCAGAUCUUCACUGUCGCAGUGUUUGACGUGGAAGAAGAAGACCCUUUAAUGCUUUCUACGGUCAUGCUGGUGAGCAAGCGGUUUCGCGAAGUCGCGAUCAAAACGCCUGUUCUCUGGUCCAGAGUGGUGAUCAGCAAUCACAACUCGCUGGAGUCUGCACGACGAAAGUUGUCCAGGUCCAAGUCCGCGCCCAUUCACGUUUGCAUCGACUUCGAUCCUCAGUUGGAGCAGGGAGGGUCUACCACUCAGACCGUGGUGCACGCUAUGGACAUCUUGAAACCGUCCAUUUAUCGAUGGAAGUCGUUCAGGCUUCAUGUACCAACCAGGCCACAGGCUCAUGCUGCACUCGGUCGGUGUCAAGAGGAUGCGCCGCUUCUGGAGCAUCUGUCCAUCCAUAUAGGGAACUCUUUACAGGAGGAACACUUCUUGGUCAACCUGCCCUUGUUCAACGGGCACACUCCGCGACUGCAUUGCUGCUCAUUCGUAUCAUUCAACUUCGCAUGGGAUCUACGUAUAGUCAGUGCAUUGCGGACUUUGAAGCUUGACGGGUACUGGAACGCAUCUUCCCCAUCCGUCGUCGUCGUGCUGGACAUCUUGCGCGCUUGUCCCGGCCUCGAGGAGUUCUCCCUCCGCAACAUGUCAGAUGUAGACCCCGAUACCUGUGUACCUUACGACUACAACAGGUUACGGCAGACGGAGUACCCGGAUGACUACAUACCCCCUUUGCCUGCCCAUCCGGUCCACCUCACGCAUCUAAGGAAGAUGGCGUUCCAUUGCGCCGGGAUGUUUCGCGUCCGGGCCAUCAUGGGGCAGUUGGUGUUUCCCGCUUUGGAGUCUAUGGAACUGUGCUAUAUGCACAACGCCUCGAGCGUAUUCAAGUUCUUGCAGCGGCAAGCCCUGGCAUCGCUUCCCUUGAAGCAUCUCCGUAUAGAGUCUACCUACUUCAGCGAACUCACGCUCCUGAGGCUCCUUCGGAAACUGUCAUCCUUGACUGUUCUCGAGAUGGUCGAUGUGGAGGAUAUCUCUUCCGAGUUCCUCAAGGGCUUGUCUGCGCCUCCACCGGCACAGUCAUGGGUUUGCCCUCAUCUCGAAGUCCUCAAUCUCGAAGCUUGCUCAACCGUUGAAUGGGAUGCCCUCCGCGUUCUCGUGGAAUCCCGUGUCCCCGCACACGUCCGGUCCUAUGCGCGCCAGAUCCAGGCCCUGCCCCCUUCUACGCCCUCGGUCGGCACAUCUUCGGCUUCGAUCCAGGCACUUCAAAGGAUGUCGUCCCGGUCUCUUUCAGCGCCUCCAUGCGAUCCGAUGGCACUGGGUUGGCCGAAGCGGUUGAAGUCGAUCGAUCUCUCUCGCUGUCAUCAGAUCAGCAAAGAGAUGAUCCAGUGGCUACGCAUCCGCAUCCCUGACGUCAAAUUCGACAAGCCCAGAGGCGUAUGGGGCGAAGCUUUGGCAUGAUUGACACGAUGCCUCGUGCCCGCCUCGAAGCACCUUCGAGCAAGAUCUUAAUCCGCGCUCGUUUCCCAUGACAAUGGUCCCCGCCUUUGGAGGGUGGGAUCGCCGUCUCUAAUGAUGGUAUCGUGGCUGUCGCCAUGCAUCUUCCGUCGCUCAAGAACGACCCGUCGAAUCCAAUAUAUCCUUUUGCUUGCUUUCUAUGUGGCAUACCUUUGCGCUUUCACGACAUCCCCCUCAUGACCGCUGACCAAGAAUCCGUGCAACUUUUAGACCCUUGAUGUUCCCUCAUCCUCGCAAUUGUCUCCGGUCCUUCACUAUCCACACACUGUUCAUCAUUAUUCUUAUUCGACGUCUUGGUUCCGACUUAGCCGGUGGGCUCUGCAGAUUGUAUUUUAUCUACUAAAAUGAACUAUGUUUUCCACACAUGGCGUUCUGCCUUCAUGGAUGGCCAGGCCUUUCGCGACUCCGACAUGAAAGCCGAACCCCGAUGACACCUGCUCGUGAAUUCAACAGAACGACCCGCGGAGCUGAUCGGUAAUCAAACAUGACCGCCGUCGCACGAGGAAGCAGCAAGGUUAUUUACACUAGGGACGAGCAGUCCGACAACGUCUUCCGCAGACCAUCGAGGAUAUUGCCAAUUUGCCUGCCAUGGCAGCGAGGCCGAGAACGAGGCUUGCCACUGCCCGGAUCGGAUACCCGGCGCGGUUACCCUGCGUGUCGGGACACGAUGAUGAAGCAGGCGUCAUCUCCUGCUGGCAGCUGCAACGUGCGGAAGCCGCGGCGAUUGGCCCGAGGGGCGGGUGCAACGCAAGCGGGAAUGAGGUUUGAGCCCAUUUUGGCUUUGUUUCAUGUCCGAGGGCGGGAGGAUGAUGCGCCAUGGCGCGCCACGUCUGGUGGCACGAGGAGCUGAAAAAGAAUUCUCCAUCGGUGUAUUCUCGACGAGCACACGAGCUACAGCCGCCGGAGUCGCAGAGGGUGGAUUCAACCCUCGGAGAUGCACGAGGUACAGCCAGCCAUAUGAUCGGGGGAUAGUGGAAGGCCUUCACGAAUUCAUGUAGGCCAUGAGAUCCCUCCUAUGGCUCUCCUCUUUCUUCCUCGCGCGGUCGAAGCCGCGCCUGCCGCGGCCUGUCUCCGCCUUCUGGGCACGCAGUCGCUCUGCAGCUCGCAUAUGCGCCGCGAGGGCUUGGUCGUUGUGGGUGACCCGUUUCUGGGGGACACGGUAGCCGCCUGUGGCGCUGGCUCGCGCUUUGGCUUUGAGCCCGAUACCAAGUCGGUCGGCUUUGAGAAUGGUGGGCAAUGGAGUGAGCAGGGCGGUGUGGUCGCGAUAAACAUGGGGCGAAGACGUCGAUCCGCAGAGGCGAUCGUCGUGUCGUUCCACGCUUGUUGAGGCCUCGGUAUCGCCGUCUUCCUCUUUCACCACUGGCUCAUCUUCCGUUUUCACUACUGGCUCUGGGAAAGACGGCGGAGAACUCUCUGAGCUAUCGUCCUCGUCAUCGUCAUCGGAGACGGUGAGGUCAAUGAUUUGGUCCCUCCGAAUCUCCGAGAUGUCCUCGUCCCACCGGACUUCUCUCUGCUCCGCUUGGAGUGUUCGCAGCCUUUUCCUUUGCCUCGUGUCAACUGCCCAGCCGAAGCCCUGGGCCUCUUUCUGAUCCCUACGAGCUCGCCGGGCCUGAUCUGCAGGUUCAUGAUCCGAGUGUGAUCUGGAAGCAAGACCGACGGCUUCGCCCUCUCUCCAGCCCGUCCUCUGGAGCAUCGUCCAUCCGCGAUUGCUCGGACCGAGAGAUAGGAAUACGGGGGGCGUGAAUGGCUUAUCGCCAGGUGACGGCGGUGGAUCACGCGAGAUCAUAUCUGCCAAGGUGGGAGUAGUCGGAGGCGGAGGGCGGCAGGAGCCUUCGGCAACGGACUGAGCACUUGCUUCCAAGGCACGCAGGAUGAACCAGUUGUGUCGGGUCCGACGUUCAGAUCCCGAUACCGGCUGAGCAAGAUCUUUAGGAGGGGGUU